AUGUCAAACAAAUUAAUAAAAACUCGAGUAGAAAGAAAUGUUACUCUUAGAUCAGCUUUAAAAAAUGGUAUUAUACAGGAUUGGAGAAAUACUAUCAAAGCAGCAGGCAUUCCAAUGCCAAAAAUGAGAACUAUUCCGGAUGAUGGAUACAUUGAUUUAAUAUACAUGCCUGAUACAUAUUUUGAUACGCCUUUUGACCCUUACAGAUCAUUUGAAACUAGUUCUAGUAGGAGUUCAAAUACUAUAUUUCGUAGCACAACAAAUGAAAGUAUUUUAUCAGAAAGAUUAAAAGAAUUUACAUUCCAUUCAAAUCAAAGUAUACCAAAUCAAAAGUAUAUGAAUAUAUCGACAUAUUCAAAAACAUCACUGCCCCUCAAAGAAAGGUAUUCUUAUAAUUCAAACUAUAAGAAACAUACAUCAACAAUACAUACAUCUAGCAGUAGAUGUUCUGAAAGCGGAUUCUCAGACAGAACAAAUUCUAUUGUUAUUCAACCAAAUACAAAUAGAUUAGAUUUUUAUGAAAAAGCAGAAAAACCAUAUUAUGCAUCACCACAAAUUAAAGAAUAUUUAAAACCACCUGAAUUCCUUUUUUCUAGUGAAACAUUACAUUAUAUGAAGCAUCCUAAAGAGAGGCCUGUACUUCCAUUUUUCAAUCAGAAAGCAGAAUAUAUUAAUAAACCUAUUUAUGCAGCACCCAAAAACCCUAUUUACCCAGCACCUAAACUAUCUCUUCAAGAAUAUACAUGGAGAAAACAAACAAAAAGUUUUAGAUCCUUAAAAAUCCGUCAACCAUUUAUACAUACUUACAAAAAUUCAAAAAAACCCAAAUUCAAUUUAAGCGAAAGUGAAGAAGAUAUAAAAAAUUUACAGAAAAAAACACAUUCUAUAUACAAAAAAAAAGUUUUUAACUAUUCAGGAAAAAGUAUAAAAAUGAAAACAACAUUCAAUCCUUUACGAAAUAACCGAUGUACUAUAGAAUUAGAUAUUGAUGAGUAUAAUGCCGACUCGGAAGAUGUAUACAAUAGUGAUUAA